AUGACGUGCAAAGUCCUUGCGACAAGAGCAAGCUUGGAUCGUCAUACCGCGGUGAAUUUAGAUGCUGAGGUGAACAACACGAUGAAAGAAUUUGGCCUUGAACAUCGUGUGUUUGCCUGCAUUCACGACAAUGCUGCGAAUGUUAAUCUUGCCGGCCAGAUGAUUAAUGGCACAAAAGACAGACCGAUAGCCUUCUAUAUCGGCUGUGCGGCACAUAGUCUGAAUUUGUCGAUUGGAGAUGCGAUGAAAAAGGGGGUUGACCAGCCUUUUGAAAACAUGGUUGCUGCUGCCAGGAGGCUAGUGGGGCAUUUUAAAAUGUCCAGUCUGGCAACAAAUGGUCUUCGCACUAAAGGGAAAGAGAUGCUGUCGUCUGAACAUCAUGGCAAAGGAUUGAUUCAGGAUGUGUCUACCAGAUGGAACUCCACAUUUUACAUGUUGGAGCGUCUGUCGCUGUUGCGUUGGCCAGUCGUUGCGGUGUUGUCUGAUCAAUCUCUGACCAAACCACAAGAAGCAAGGGUCCUAGAUAUGCCAGUCAAAUCUUGGAAACUUGCCGAGGAAAUAAUUCCAGUUCUUAGGAAGGUGGAGCUGGCUACUGUUCUUUUUAGCUCGCAGUCUAAAACAACAUCUGGAGUUGUCCUGCCUGCUAUUAACGGUUUGGUUGAACAAUUGAAAGCCAUGACCUUUGAGUGUGCGGUAACUGAUGGCCGACGGCGAGCAACCACUCCACCAGGGCAGAAUUUUAGGGAUACCCUCGUCCAGUCGUUGACUGAAAGAUUCUUUCUCGACCAAUUGGAUGUCACCUACGAGGAAACAAACACUUGCGAACCGGUUCCAUUUUAUCUGUUGGCUUCAUUCAUGGAUCCCAGAUUCCGUGACCUGUCAUUUGUGAGCGAACACGAGAGGCAUGCGUUAGUGAAGUUUGCGUCAAAGACCGUGAAAGCCAUGCCAUCAUUGCCUACAAGCAGCGGCGCUGCUAGCAGUAUAUCCGAACCAGAGGUUUUUCCACCGCCAAAGAAGAAAUCCAAGUCAGAGGUAGCCAUGGAAGAGUUGCUUCGUAAAGGAAAAUCGUCAAACAACUUUGAGGAAUCUACACGCGAAGAAGAAUCUCAAGCGGAAAAGAAUCGAAAGAUUGAUAAAGAGGUACAGCAACUGAGCAACGAGGCACCAAUUGGUUUGACGGAAGAUCCGUUAAUGUGGUGGAAAGAAAACGAAAAGCGAUACCCUUUCAUACGGAACCUUGCCGCUAGAGUAUUAGCGGCUCCGCCGACGUCCGUGCCAAGCGAAGAGAUUUUCAGCAAGGCUGGACUGGUCGUCUCAAAGAAACGUGCCUCGCUUAAGCCAGCUGUUGUCGACGCAAUUCUAUUUUUAAACAAAAACGAUAUGUAG